UUCGGCUGAUCGAGAAAAGGGAGGGGUGUGUAUUUAAGAUUUGGUAGUCUCAGUAUUCGCUCUUUUAUUAUUGUGUUCGAGCGUCUUAUUAUUAUAACGACAGGAUUUCGCAACGCAGUCGGACCAAAUUGAAAAAGUGGCGAAGUUUGAAGGCAAAAUAUUUUCGGCCGUGAACAAUUUUUUUUCUUCUUCUCCCUUAGUUAACCAAAUAAAAGACCUGAUGACGCGCCAGACCGCCCAAGGCGACGCCGACGCCGACGCCACCAUCGCCAACAACGAGAACGAGGAGCGCGAGACCAAGAAAGAGACCAAGCCGGCGGCGAAGAUCUCGGCGCGCCACUCGGAGGUGUCCAAGGGACAGAUGAAGGAGUUCCGGGAGGCCUUCAGGCUGUUCGACAAGGACGGCGACGGCAGCAUCACCAAGGAGGAGCUGGGGCGGGUGAUGAGGUCGCUGGGGCAGUUCGCGAGGACCGAGGAGCUCCAGCAGAUGCUGCAGGAAGUGGACGUGGACGGCGACGGCAACGUGAGCUUCGAGGAGUUCGUGGACAUUGCGUGGUCGGCGGGAGCCGGAACCGACCCGGACCAUGUGCAGUCUCGAGAAGAGGAGGAGAAGGAGCUGAGGGAUGCGUUCAGGGUGUUCGAUAAGCACAACAGGGGGUACAUCACGGCGUCCGACUUGAGGGCGGUGUUGCAGUGUCUUGGGGAAGACUUGUCGGAGGAAGAAAUCGAAGAUAUGAUCAAAGAGGUGGACGUCGAUGGCGACGGACGUAUAGAUUUCUACGAAUUUGUGAACGCUCUCGGGGAGCCCGGCACCGAAGACAGCUACGACGACGAAGACGACGAAAUCAUGGGGUACUAAAUAAUCAUAUCGGGAUUUCUACUCUGAAUGUGAUGUUUAUCUUCUCGGUGUUGCAUUUACAUUAAUCUAUUAUCUACUUACAUAUUUAAAGGGGGUCCAUAGAUGUCACGGGUAUGGUAAAUGUAGAAGACUAGUUACACACGAGAGUGAUUUAACACUUAUCAUGUAUUACUAUAAGCUUUAAACUUGGGUGAUAUAUUUCCACUUGAAGUUAUGUUGUUUUUAUUACCACUAUUUUCAUAUUUUCGUAGAGCAAACGUUAGCAUUUGUUGUAUCGGUUGUAUUACACAUGUUUUUAUUUUUGUUUACGUAGAUCGUAAGACACUAUUUUGUAUUUGUUUAAAAUAUAAUAAAAGUCGUUAACUUAGA